CGUUGUAAAAAUAAAGUACAGAUACUAAAAAAAUGAUUUUUAUAAAAAUGUUAGUUCUUUUUGGAAUUUUCUACUCGACUAAAUCACAAGAUCGUUUCAUGCCUAACUUGCCAUUGGGAGAAUAUCGUACGGUAUUUGAAAAAAUAUAUUCUUGUGAAACGGCAGCAAACCUUUCAAUUAAAUUUAAUGUUCAUGUAAAUAAAAAGACAUUAAGUGUAACUGAGUUAAAAGGGAAUCUUACAUAUUUGAUACCUUUGGACGAUACUCUUUCACUUGAUAUAAACGUUGCGUCUUGGGGUUUAACUGGAGGUUGGAAACCGAAUUCACUAGUUUAUUUAGCAAAGGAUGCAUGUAGUAAUACAAAAAAAAUACUAGGAAAUUCUUGGAAUUCAAUCUUGAAGUCUUUCAAUGUUGGCCCUGUAAGCUGUCCUGUAGCAGCGGGCACAUAUGUUACAUCAGGGUUUAACUUGAAAGAAUUAGAAGAUCAUAACUUUCCCAAAGUUUAUUUUUAUGGAAAAUACAAAAUGUUUUUAAAAUUAAAAAAUAACGAACAAAAAUUACUUUCCUGCACUGUAGUCGAGUUGAGUCUAAUACGGCCGUGGGAAAAACCUAUUUGAUAAAAUUACAUAAUCAUACAAAAUAAUAUGAUUGAAAUUAUCAUAAUUAUUUUGUCAUUCAGUAUUUGUAUUCGUAGGUAAGUU